AUGGCGUACGAGAAUUGGAUGGGUGGACAGAACCAGUUCCAAGACAUGCACUCUCUCCACCCGUCGUACAUGUUCAAUGCGCCUGAGGUCACAAACGAAUACAACUUGCUUGGUGAUUUCCUUAGCAACAGUUUGUUGGACGACGGCGCGAUUUUCCCAGAUCAGAAUAUGAACGAAAUAUACUCCGACCCCUCGUUGAUCAAUUCGAUGACCACCUUGAACGUGCCGAAUGGCAUCCAACCCUCGCAGCUUGCGCCACCUACACAGAGCCAGGCACCACCUGGCGAUUCGAUCCAACGACCAACGUCUACUGUUGGAAAUGACAAGGCCCGUGAGACAUACUAUAUGACUGCGGCAGACCCGUCAGGAUCAGACCCACCGGAAGAGCGCAUGAACAAGCUUCUCAAGGCGAAGUACGACGCCGGUCUGCUGAAGCCAUUCAAUUACGUCAAGGGAUACGCCAGACUCAACCAAUAUAUGGAGAAGAAUAUGCACCAAUCAUCCCGGCAGAAGAUCCUCCGCCAGCUAGACAAGUUCCGACCGAAGUUCCGUGAGCGCAUGCAGAGCCUCACUGAUAUCGAAUUGAUUCUGGUGGAGAUGUGGUUUGAGCGCAGCCUGAUGGAGUAUGACCGUGUGUUUGCCAGUAUGGCUAUCCCCGCCUGCUGCUGGCGAAGAACAGGAGAGAUCUUCCGAGGAAACAAUGAGAUGGCGCAAUUGAUUGAUGUCCCGAUUGAAAGUCUGCGUGAUGGAAAACUUGCCAUCCAUGAAAUUAUAGUUGAAGAUCAACUCGUCAGCUACUGGGAGAAGUUCGGUGCCAUUGCCUUUGAUAACACACAGAAGGCAAUGCUCACCAGUUGUACUCUGAAGAGCCCGAAUUCCGACUCAACAGGCGAGGGCAUCCAAUGCUGUUUCUCGUUUACGAUCCGACGCGACAAUCAUAACAUUCCCUCUAUGAUUGUUGGUAAUUUCCUUCCUACGCAGCGUAUACACAAGUAG